AUGUAUGUGAUGAACUCUACUAGACCUUACAUAGCUUACUCGAUAAGUAGGCUUAUUAGUAGAUAUACAAGCAAUCCAAGACAUGAGCAUUGGGAUGUUUUGAUAACGGUGUUACAAUACUUAAAGAACACCAUGAGUUAUGGAUUGCAUUAUAUGAGAUAUCCACCUGUUUUAGAAGGAUACAAUGAUGCAAAUUGGAUUUCUGACAAUACAGAAACCAAGUCAACUAGUGGAUAUGUUUUCACAUUAGGAAGUGCAGCAGUAUCUUGGAAAUCCUCUAAACAGACGUGUAUAGCACGUUCAACAAUGGAAUUAGAGUUUGUAGCCUUGGAUAAAGCAGCUGAAGAAGCUGAAUGGCUUAGAAAAUUCCCUGAGGAUAUUCCAUUAUGGUCCAAGCCUGUGAUUGCCAUUUGCAUACACUGUGAUAGUAUGGCUGCCCAAGCAAGAGCCAAAAAUAGUGUCUACAAUGGCAAGUCUGGACGUAUAAGGUGA